AUGCAGGACUACAAGGACGAGAACCUCAACGCACCUGCUCUUGACAAACUUCAACCCGUCAAAGAGCCUCACAUCUCUAUAGACAUUAAGCACAAUGACACCCCACAGUCUGAACCACCACCGCCUCCCUUUGCUCCGUACGAGCCGGAAUUCUUCGUCAAGAGUGACGGCGAAGUCAUCUCGCAUGAUCACCACCUAAACGAAGACGGAGAAGCUUUAUAUCGGUUUUUGCUUGCCCAAUCUGCUAUCCUUCCAACAUAUAUACUCAACAUCCAUGGUACACACAACGAACGUCGCACUCGAGUUGUUUCACGCACCGAAAAUGGCAAAACAACUCAACGGACGGAGACUUACACUGUCACUGUUACCGAUUUCAACUUUCAGAUAGACCUUAGUUCUUAUAUUGUUCACGGUCCCAUCUUUUGGUCCUAUCCUGAUGAAACAGCUGCUUACCGCGGCCUUAUGGUGCGACAAGUCAACACGCCCACCAGAAGAAAGGCAACCAAGGACGAGAUUACUGCUUUCAAAUCGGAGGAUUACUUUCGUGUAAAUGGUGGCCUUGCUCCAUGGCAAUACUCCGAUGGUUCGUAUAGCUCAAAUCACCAGGCUUCGUCGAAAACCCCAAGAGCUUGGGCAGACGAAUAUGCGGCGAGUCCAAAGCUGCUCAAAGAAUUUGUUUACAGAAAGGUUAUCUAUGGAUGGAACACCUCCAAACUCACAGAAGCCAUUUCUAGUGCAAUAGCCCAGACUUCCUACACAGGCCAUGUGCAAUCUACAUUCAAGCUUUCGAAUGCAAAAAUCUCCAUUCGCCCAGAUAACCGACUAUCACGUACACUUUCUUCAACACUCUACAAAGUCCUCCUUAUCAUCACGCUCAUUUACCCUUUCAUCUUAUUAUUCAAACGCUUUAAUAGACACGGAGGUGGGCGGUGGGAAGUCGUAGGUGCAGCGUAUGGUCUGAAGCACUUUGAACAACUCGAAUCACCGCCGAAGGAAUCCAAUGAUCAACUCAAGGGAAACGACAAUGUGAAUGCAGAAGGCAGACACCCAUGUCACAUUCCCCGUGUUGUAGAAACCGAGCACGGCAUGCAGAAACUUAUCGGGUACCGAGAAGGAGAGUGGUUCAAAGAAUGGGAACCCGUCAUCAAACGAUGCGCAGCAAUGCGGUUAACUUCUAAUGAACCUCUCAAAAGCGUCAAAGAGGCGCGUGCGGAUCCUAUGGGUGCGCUUGAAGGCUACGGAACAUCAAAUCUGGAAGGCUAUUAA